AUGUGCCUGGUGACGAGAAGUCUUAGACCACAGCUAAGGAAACAUAAUGAAAUCGGGUGCCCCAUCUCUUCUCGCCCCUGCCUCCUCGCACCUAUUGCCGCCGCCCUCCCUAAAAUAAAACCCACACGGCUGGCGGCGCACGGCCCUCCUCCCUCGAGCAGCGGCAGCGGAGCGGGGUGCACCGAGCUUGACCUACGUCGAUGGGACGUUGUGGUCCCUCUCCUCCAUCGAGCAGCGGCCGCGGCGCGGGAUGCAGUGGGCUCGGCCUUCGUCGACGGCUGCGGGGUCCCGUUCCUCCCUCGACCAUCGGCGGCAGCGCGGGACGCAGCGGGCUCGGCCUUUGUCGUCGGCGGCGGGGUCCCUUUCCUCCCUCGACCAUCGGCGGCAGCGCAGGACACAACGGGCGGCCAGGGACGCGGCGCUGGGUGCGGGGCGUGGCUGCAUGGUGGAGGGCGCGUGCGUGAAGGCGACGCGUUCCGUACUGCCAUCGUCAUGCUCCUUGAUACGAGCUCCUCCUUCCUCCCUCUGGACAUGCCCAGCACCAUCCCAUGCCCUCAGCCCGCUGGCCAGAGAAAGGAGCUUGAUUUAAUUUGUGCACGAUCGAUCAUCUGUAAAAAAAAUCAUCUACGAAGGAAGGCAAGGAAAACUCCAUUUAGCAAGGUCCAUUGACAUACAAGCAUGUACACCAUUUCAAGAUAUUACAAAUAUUGUUGUUUCCCGAAGAUUAUCGGAGGAGUAACAUGGUAUGGAGUUUGUACCUAAUCAACAUAUAUAACACUUCUUUAUAGAAUAUUAUAUGUGAAAAUGUGAACAGUUAUAACUUAGUAAAUAAGUGUUCACAUGUUGCCUCCAAAAAUCCACUUCAGCACAAUACUUUCUUUAAUAUGUUAGCCAUUCUGUUGCUAGAACUCGGUGCCCAAUAAAUCCAUCUGUUGUAUCUAGAUAUGUGAACACUUCCUUGACUGAAUGUAAAAGUGUUGGGACAACAAAUGCAUCAUUCUUCAGUCUCUCAGCCCUGAGAUUUUAGUUAUUAUAUAUCAGUCUUCAGACCCUCUUGUUUUAUUUUAUUUUUCUCUUUGUCAAUUAGUGUUUUUAGUCAUAUUCCCUCAAAAACAAUCAAUCCUUACUGUA